AUGACAACUGUAAUCGAAAACCAUUCGACAGCUCGGGUUGUUCUUCCGAAAGGGAUGUUCAUCGCCGAAGCGUCGCCGCUCCAAGAAGAAUUUACAAUCGCAGCUCUCGGAGGAAACUCGGCACAAAACCUCGAAACACAGUCGGAGAGGAAGAUCUCGCCGAGCCACCACGCCGAAGAGGAAAUCGAAAACGCGAUCGAAAAAUCGCUGCUGGAAGGGGAGAGACGAAAAAUCAAAAACAUAAUUGCUGAAUUUCCCUUGCUCAUUCCAAAAAAAGACGAUCCUCCGAGGCAGACGCACUUGGUUCAAGCAUGCGAUCAAUACAGGAAACCAUGCGCCGGUGAAGAGUCGCUACGCGAAACGAUCCUGAGAUUGGAAACGGCUGCUCCGUUCACGGUAUGUGGGGUGGACUACGCAGGGCCGAUCUCGUACAAACAGGGAGACAACAGCCUUCGAAAGAGCUACAUAAUCCUGUACGUCUGCCCGGCUUCGAGAGCCAUCCAUUUGGAAUUGGUCCCAGAUAUGUCCGCAUACGAGUUUCUCCUCUCAUUGAAGAGAUCCCUAGCCAGAUUCGGCGGAGUAUCCCGCACCAUUUCGGCUAAUGGGUUGUCGUUCGUACGAGCGGCAAAAGAGCUGAAGAUUUUCUAUGACCAUAUCAGAAGUCCGGCAGUCCAACAAGAUCUAGUUAAUGCGGAGAUCGUUUGGGAAUUCAUCUCACCCCACGCCCCCACCCACGGCGCGUGGUGGGAACGUAUGGUGCAAACAGUGAAACGUCCGCUAAGGAAAAUACUCGAGAAUUUAUUCGUUAACUUAAUCAAGGGUACGAACGCACAAUCAUUGAUCCGAAUGAAGAAGAGAACGGAAUACGAGCGACUCUUCAAGACGAUCGACCAAACGGAAUGGAAAUUCGAGGGCAGUGAUCUAUCGGCGGAUGAGAUGAGCGAAUCAAUGUUGAGGAGAUGUCAAGACGUAGUCAAUGACUGUACGACGUUUACGCGACUCACUGCAAGGUUCCGACCCGUUCGGGAAUGGAUGUCGCCCGGCGUCGUGGGAUCAACGCGUAAGAGAGCCAAGAUGUACAAAAAAAUUCUACAGAAACUUCUGAGGAGAGCCAAAAGAGAGUACUACGCGAAGAAGAUAGAGGAGGCGGCAAACGAUACGAGAAAAACCUGGUCUGUGAUAAACUCUAUAUUCAGAGGGAAGCAAACCGGGCCUGCAGCAGGACCAGAACUCAUUGGACUCUCCAUCGAUGAAAUUAAUGAGAACUUCGCCGAGCUAGGGAAGAAAACUGUGCUAGAUAACAUUGGGGAAGUGGAUCCAAACAUGAAGCCGCCGAGUCCAGCCGACCACUCAAUGAAUGAGUUCAAGCAUCCUGACGAGUCGGAAGUCGAACGGGUGCUAAGAGAGCUGAACGUGAACGAGGCUCCGGGUUGGGACGGGAUAGGUGCAGACAUCCUCAAGAACUGCUAUCAGUCUCUAAAGGCACCUAUCACCUCAAUGGUCUGUAGAAUAUUCGAGACAUCUACCUACCCGAGGAGCCUGAAGAGGGCCUUGCUCUUCCCAGUGCACAAGAGUGGAGAUCGGACUAACAUCUCUAACUAUCGACCGAUCUCACUCCUUCCAACACUGAACAAAGUAGUAGAGAAGAUCAUGGCGAAUCGACUCAGAGAGUAUCUGGAGGAGUUCGGAAUCAUAGACGAGAAACAAUUUGGAUUCAGGACUGGCAGAGGUAGUGAGGAAGCGGUAUAUGAGAUCACGAAAUGUAUCUCAGAGUCUAUCGAAUCAGGAGAUUACUGUGUGGCAGUAUUCUGCGACCUGAGUAAGGCGUUUGACACGCUCGACAGAAGCAGACUGAAGAACAAACUAGAUCGAGCCGGCGUUCGGGGUAGAGCUCUGGACCUCCUGACAUCGUAUCUCUGCGAGAGGACGCAGAUUUAUCGAUCGGCUAACGAGACUAGCAAAGAGACACUUGUCAAAUGUGGAGUGCCACAGGGCAGUGUUCUAGGGCCCCUGCUAUUCAAUAUCUACAUGAAUGACGUAUUUACAACGGCGAGCCCGCACAGAGUAAUGGCGUUUGCCGACGAUACAGUGCUGGUGAUAAGAGACACUGACAUGAUCUCAGUCUGCCUAGAGGCGGAGAUCUGUCGGACAGGGAGGUCGCCGAAUGGAUGGAGAUUAAUGGUCUAG